UUUCUGUAAAAGUAUGUGUAUUUUCGCAACAAUGGGAAUAUUUUAAAAGCUUUCAGGUAUUGUAAAGAAUGAAGAGAAUGAUACUCAGUGUUAUCUACGUCCUCAUGUAUGCAACGUGUACUUGUGCAUAUCAAAAUUUAGCAUUAGGGAAACCUGGCUGGCAGAUGAAAAAUUAUUCAGAUUCCCUGCCGUGGGGAGCAGACAAGGCUGUGGAUGGGAAGUAUACUGACCGUGGAGCAACAGGUGACCAGUGUACAAUAUCAGCAAACAGACAACAGACAGCAGAAUGGAGAGUGGAUCUAGAAAGUGUUGUCAGCAUCAGUUACAUCAACAUCUUCUACAGGACGGAUAAUAAUCCUGGUUCGUACGCUUUUCGAUUUGCUGGAUUUUACCUAUAUGUUUCCAACACGACGUCAAAAGAGAACGGAAUACUCUGUUUCCAUGAAUUACAGACUGUUAGCGGUACACCUCUACAAGAUCAAAGGAUCAACUGUUUCGUGUAUGGACAAUAUGUUAUAUACUACAACGAACGUCUUAGCGGUGUGGUCUAUCCUUCCUACUACUCUCAGUUUGCAUUCAAUGAACUUUGUGAAGUGGAGGUGUAUGGUUGUACAACUCCUGGAUAUUAUGGUGGAUAUUGUAAUCAAACAUGUCCAGUCAAUUGUCAGGGACAGCAGUGUGACGCAAUAACUGGAAACUGUGUGAAAGGUUGUCUUUCAGGGUAUCAAGGGCUGCACUGUAGUUAUUUGAAUUUAGCCUUUGGGAGACCUGCCUGGCAGCAACACAAUUGGCCAAAUAAACCUGUAGCAUGGGGAGCAGGGAAAGCAGUGGACGGGAGAUAUUCUGACCGUGGAGCUGAUGGAGAACAGUGUACAAUAUCAGGCGCUCAAAAAACAACAGCAGAGUGGAGAGUUGAUCUACAGAAAAUCGUCAGCAUUAGUCACAUCCAUAUCUAUUAUAGGACUAAUAAUGUUGCAAGUCCUGGAGCAUACUACAACCGACUUGCUGGAUUUUAUGUCUACAUUUCAAACAAUACCAAUAAAGACAGUGGUCGUCUCUGUUUUCAUGAAAUGCAACAAGAAAGUGGUGCACCAACAGAGAACCAGACAAUCAGCUGUCCUUAUGACGGGCGAUAUGUUAUAUAUUACAAUGAACGGAAGCCGGGCGUGACGUAUCCAAGUUACUAUUCUCAAUAUGCAUAUAAUGAAUUGUGUGAAUUGGAGGUGUACGGAUGCCCUGAAUCUAAGUACUAUGGCCAGUAUUGUGUCCACUUUUGUCCAGAAAACUGCCUCGAGCAAAGAUGUAAUAUUUCUUCAGGGAACUGUUUUGAGUGUAAACCCGGAUUUAAAGGUCAUCGCUGUAGUCAGA